AAAAAAAAUGAAAUAAUAAUCCAUAGCAUUUUGUUUACUUCUAUUAGUUAUCGGUUCUUAAACCGUCUUAAUGAGUGAAAAAUAAACUACAUUUAAGAAAAUGAGAUCCAUAAUUACCAUUAUGUCUUAAGUAUAGACCAAAUUAACUACUAACGGACCUAUUAACGACAUAGCUGAUCUCUUAUUUAACUAUUUCUAAGAAAUUAUAUAAGAAUAAAUAAAUCACGAUACUCUUUUCGAAAGAUAAAAAAAAGAAUGUGAUGAAGAAGCUGAAUAUCGUGCUAAAGAAGUAAAAGAUGGAUAAUAAGCUCAUGAUUCUGCUUAAGUAACUUUAGAACACUGCAAUAGUUAAAAUAAUAGAGCCGAAAGAGAUUUAUCUAACAACUUAGAUGAAUAAUAGAAGACUAGAGUUUAUUUACAAAACCUUAUUUUAACUAGAGAAUAAUAGGCUGCUAAAUUCUAAGAAGAUACUCAAUCUUAUAAAGCUAAUUCAGCUGCUGUUGAUGAAGCUAUUUCUAUUUUGUAAGAGAUAUGGUCUGGAUAAUCUGAAUUUAUCUAACUUUCUAGACAUGUUAACAAAAUGUUAAAACACGCCAUUUCAAUGAGAAAAGUUAACAAAAUUGCUCCCUUAAUGGCUGCUUUUGCAUAACUUUCAGCUAAAUAACUAAUAGCUGAUGAAGCUUAAUUAUAAUAAGUACUUAGAUUAUUAAACUAAUUCAGAUAGGAUGUGGAAAAUGAUUAUAGAGCUAAAGAAAAGGCUGAAUAAGAAGCUUAAGAUGCCUUUGCUGAAUCCAAAGCUGCUACUGAAGAUUAUCUUGGUCAUUUAGAAUAGGCUUAGAAAGAAUUAGAAGAAGAAUUAAAAGAAUUAAAAUCUUGUAUUAACAAUUAAACUGCUAUUUCUUAAUCAGCAGCUGCUAAAAUUAGAAGAAAUUAAGAUUUAUUAGAUUCAACUUCUAAUAUGUGUGUAGCUUUUGCAAAUGAAUAUGUAUCUGCUGCUUAGGGAAGAAUAGAAGAAGUUGAAUUAUUACAAGUUAUUCUUGAAAAAGUUAAACUUAGAUAUGAAUAAUUAUCUGAUAAUGUGAUCAUUAGAGGAUUAUAAUCUAAAUUCGAUGAAUAUACUAACAAAUCACCUUAUGAAAGAGUUGAUUCUUUCGUACAUUAAUAAGGUGAAUUCAAUGAAAAAGGAGCUGCUGAAGCUCGUUAUGUUAGAAAUAAAGAUUUAGAACAAUUAUGAUUAAAUUGAUGUAUUAGAAAAUUAUAUAAAUAUAUAUAUAUAAAAAAAUAUUAUAUAAAGAAUAUUAUAAAUAAAUUUUUUAUAUAAAGAAUAUUUUUUUUUUUAUUAAUAAUAUAUCUUUUUUAUU